UCUCUUUCCGCUCGACUCCAGCAACAUGGCUUCCCAGUACUACCAGGAGAUGCAGGAUAGCUUCAGAAACAACAAUAAGAGCCGAGAAUUCGCGGCUCACUCCGCCAAGGUGCACUCGGUCGCUUGGAGCUGCGACGGCAGGAGAUUGGCUUCGGGCUCCUUUGAUAAAACUGCCAGUGUGUUCGUGUUAGAGAAAGACCGGCUGGUGAAGGAGAACAACUAUAGAGGCCACGGGGACAGCGUGGAUCAACUUUGCUGGCAUCCGACUAAUCCAGACAUCUUCGUCACAGCCUCGGGAGACAAAACUAUCCGCAUCUGGGACGUGCGGACUACAAAAUGCAUUGCAACAGUCAACACCAAAGGGGAGAAUAUCAAUAUCUGCUGGAGCCCGGACGGACAGACCAUCGCUGUUGGGAACAAAGAUGACGUGGUGACCUUCAUUGAUGCCAAGAGCCACCGGUCCCGUGCAGAGGAGCAGUUCAAAUUCGAGGUGAACGAGAUCUCCUGGAACAAUGACAAUGACAUGUUCUACCUGACCAAUGGCAACGGCUGCAUCAACAUCCUCAGCUACCCUGAACUGAAGCCCAUUCAGUCCAUUAAUGCCCAUCCUUCCAACUGUAUCUGUAUCAAGUUUGACCCAACUGGGAAGUACUUUGCUACAGGCAGCGCGGACGCCCUGGUCAGCCUGUGGAAUGUGGAAGAACUGGUCUGUGUUCGCUGCUUCUCCAGGCUGGACUGGCCUGUAAGGACCCUGAGCUUCAGUCAUGAUGGUAAGAUGCUGGCCUCGGCAUCAGAGGACCACUUCAUAGACAUUGCGGAGGUGGAAACAGGUGAGAAGCUAUGGGAAGUGCAGUGCGAGUCUCCGACUUUCACAGUGGCCUGGCAUCCCAAGAAACCUCUGCUUGCAUAUGCCUGUGAUGACAAGGACGGGAAAUACGACAGCAACCGUGAGGCAGGCACCGUCAAGCUCUUCGGCCUGCCCAAUGACUCGUAACCUGGGCCUUCUGGAUUUGUAUUGAACAGUGGUGAACUUUUGUGCUCUUCAAAGGAGAUAGAGAAUGAAAAAGCCUCUGGUAACCGAACACAGUGCUUUUAAAAUGUGUUGCCUGUGUUGUGACUCUCCUUGGAACCUUGUUGAAGCGUUUUUGCUUAAUUUUUUGAGCUUCGAAAACAGAAAUUUAGAAGCUGACAACACUGGCUAAUUGAAAAUGCAAUGAGCCAGAGAGCCAAAUGAUGAAACACUCGGGUCCCCAGUUUUUUGGGAGACAUUAAAAAUGCAUUUAGCAAAGGAUUGCAAACACUUAAGAAAACUGGGUGGAAGAUCGCAAUAGGAACCUUGCUAAAGCUUUAGGGUUUCCCAGACUGCAUUUACAAGCUCAUCACAGCUGUUGUCUUCUGUUCUCCAAUCAAAUGUCAUUGAAAUCUUCCUCUAAAUCUAUUACAGAAAUCUAUAAAAUGUGAUACCUGGCUGUGUCCAGCAGAUGGCCCCAUUCUGCUUUAAAUGUAGAACCUAGAAAAAGGGGAAUUGUCACCUGGGUCCAUGCUUGGUCCACAGUUUUUUUUUUUUUUUUUCUGUACUGUAAAAUAACAUUUUUUUGUAUGAUAUUUUGUGUACUUAAGGUAUAUAUUGAUAUACCAAUAAUAAAAGUGAUAAUGGGGCAAAAAAAACAAUUGAAAAACCAAAGCAAUGUCUAAUGGAGGGAUUUCUCAGGUUUAUCAAAAAAAGUCUUCUUGUGUUCAUUUGAAAUGCUACAGGAGAUCACUAGGGUAUUGACCUAUGCACUUUGGAUGGGUUAACAUCAGUGCAUGUAUGAUUUGAGCAACAGAAGCAAAACUCUGUGUGUGUGCAGAAGGUUCACUUUCAGCAGAGACCUCAGUUACACACGUGCUGCACGUAGGUCACAAAAGUGGGGUGCAGCGGCGACAGGGAGAGUGUGAGUGUGUGCGGUGUGUGUGUUUCUGGUCUGUUAAUUACCUGAGUGACACAGCCUCUAGAGUGCAGCUCUCCGCUGGGGCAGCGUUUGUUAGCCAAGCAGAGCAGGCGUCCUUGUUUGUCUUGCUCGUCCGCGACAGAUUAGUGCUGCUUUUGCUGGUUAAACAGGAAGAUGGGGACCCAUGAGGCUCGGCAGUGACAGCUGUCUGAGCUCCAGGAGCACUUCGCGGCACAGCUUCCUGCACUAUCCAGGGGUUUGCACGCCUCCCUCGUACCUUAUUUACUUCACAUCAUUCAGUUUUAUAUGUAGUUCUUAUUUUAUAUGUUUUUAU